AUGGCUAAGCUUUUGUGCAUUGUUCUGGCCCUGUGUGUCGUUCAGGGAACAUUCGGAUUCGUUCGCCGCGAUGCUCCAGCUCCCCCAGCGGAAGAGACCAAUUUCUUCCAAACCAUCAUGGGCAUCAAGGACAAGAUUGAAGUUGCGUUCCAAGAAACGCAACAGAACGUGCUGAAAUCGCUGGGAUUCCAGACGAACGAGGAGGUGGUACAGACGAUCCAGCAAAACACCAACCAGUACGUGGAGCGUCUGCGAUCGGUGCAGGGUGUGCUGGACGAGGAGGUGAAAAAGCACUCGGACAUCUUCGAACCGAUCGUGAAGGAUCUGAAGGCGAAGCUGGACCAAACCACCGCUACCCUGUCCGAGCAGAACCCGGAAGUGGUGCAGAAAGCGAAGGAAUAUCAGGAGCAGGUCCAGACCAACGUACAGUCGCUGGUGGCCGAGGCACAGAAGACGGUCGAAAAGCUGAAGGCCGACACGCGCGUACAGUCCGAGGAGGUGCAGAAGGCAUUGAAGAUGUUGUACGAUUCUACGUUCGAAGUGUUCACCAAGACGGCUAACGAACUGAAGCAAAAGAACUAA